UACUAAAUUAGGAAUGCAGAAAUUUACAAUGGGAUUGUUGCCUUUCUUUGUUAUUCUAGCUCUCCCUAUCUUGGUUCUUUUCUUUCUCAGAAAACAUAAACGCAAUCCCCCUGGCCCCCUUGGUCUUCCCUUGAUAGGUAACUUACUCCAGCUUGCUAGUUCACCAGCCCCUCAUAUCUAUCUUUGGAAGCUUUCUCAAAAAUAUGGUUCUUUAAUGUCUUUGCAACUUGGUCUAAGACCAACUCUAGUUUUUUCUUCAGCAAAAAUGGCCAAAACCAUCUUGAAAACUCAUGACCUUGAUUUUUGUAGUAGGCCUCGUUUCCUUGGCCAGUACAAGUUGUCUUACAAUGCCUUAGAUCUGGCCUUUUCACCUUAUAAUUCUUAUUGGAGAGAGAUUAGGAAAAUUUGUGUCGUUCAUCUCUUUAAUCUUAAUAGAGUGCUAUUUUAUCGUCCGAUUCGAGAAGACGAAAUUGCUCGCAUGAUCAAAAAAAUAUCCAAAUCAUCUUAUGAUUUGAAACCAAUCAACUUGAGUGAGUUGCUGAUGUAUGUUACUAGUACAAUAACUUGUAGAAUAGCCUUCGGCAAGAGGUAUGAUGAUGAAGAUAACGAAAGAAGUAGAUUUCAUGGGUUGCUUAAUGAAACUCAAGCCAUGUUUGGAAGCUUUUUUGUUGCUGACUAUUUCCCUUUCAUGGGUUGGGUUGAUAGACUCUCAGGAUUACACGGUCGUCUUGAAAAAAAUUUCAAAGACUUUGAUAUAUUCUAUCAAGAACUUAUUAAUGAUCAUCUUGACCCUAAUAGACCAAAAUCAGAGCAAGAAGAUAUUAUUGAUGUUUUACUACAAAUUUGGAAGGAUCGCGUAUUUCAAGUUGAUCUCACUUUUGAUCACAUAAAAGCUGUGCUAAUGAAUAUGUUUGUUGCAGGAACUGACACUAGUGCUGCAACAGUGAUUUGGGCCAUGACUUUUCUACUGAAGAAUCCUAGGUCUAUGAAGAAAGUUCAAGAGGAAGUCAGAAAUUUGAUUGGAAAUAAUGAUUUUGUAAAUGAAGAUGAUAUUCAAGAUUUGCCAUAUCUUAAAGCUGUGAUAAAAGAAACAUUUAGAUUGCAACCAAUAGCUCCGUUAUUAUUGCCACGAGAAACAAUUAGGAAGUGUGAUAUUGACGGGUAUGAAAUACCUGCCCAAACACUAGUUUUUGUCAAUGCAUGGGCUAUAGGAAAAGAUCCUGAAGCUUGGGAAAACCCCAAUGAGUUCUAUCCUGAGAGAUUCAUUGGUAGCUCUAUUGAUUACAAAGGUCUAGACUUUGAGCUCAUACCAUUUGGUGCUGGUAGAAGGGGUUGUCCUGGAAUACAUAUGGGAAUUGCAACUGUGGAGCUUGCUCUUGCUAAUCUUCUUUGCAAAUUUGAUUGGGAAAUGCCGGCUGGGAUGAACAAAGAUGACUUAGACUUUGAUGUGAUACCUGGUCUUGCUAUGCACAAAAAAAAUGCUCUUUGCCUUGUGGCUAGGAAGAUUAAUAUUUUGAUUUGAUGUAUGUAAGAUUAACUUAUUUGGUUGCUUGCUAUUGUUGGAGUGUGUGUCAAUUAUGUAUUGUGUUCGAAAAUAUCUUCUCACUUAGAGAAAUUCCU